AUGCGAUUCGGUUCCAUCCUUUCACUCGCAGCUGCGCUGCUGAGCGCCACCGUUCAGGCCUACGGUAAUCCAGGAGCUUGCUCUGGUCAGUGCUGGAGCCAUGACCCUUCGGUUGUCCGUCGCGAUGAUGGCACCUAUUUUCGCUUCGAAACUGGCAGCAAGAUCGGCAUUUGGAAGGCUCCUGAUUUGGUAGGCCCCUGGACCUACCAAGGAGCUGCUCUGCCCUCGGGCAGCAAGAUCAACCUCAAGGGCAAUGAUGAUCUCUGGGCCCCCGAUGUGAACAAAGUUGGCGAUCAGUACAUUCUCUACUACACCGUCUCCUCUUUCGGCGUUCAGAACUCAGCCAUCGGUUACGCCACCUCCACCACCAUGGAGUUCGGCUCCUGGACUGAUCAUGGCGCCACCGGUGUUACUUCUUCAGCCGGCAGCCGUUACAAUGCCAUCGAUGCUCAGCUUGUCAAGUCUGGUAGCAACUACUUCCUGAAUUUCGGCUCCUUUUGGCAGGACAUUUUCCAAGUGCCUCUGAACGCAGCUGCAACUAAAGCCAACGGCAACCCGUACAACAUCGUUUUGAACACCACUGCUCCUCAACCCGUCGAGGGUGCCUUCGUCUACGAGCGCAGCGGCACCUUCUGGGCCUUCUUCAGCUCAGGCUCCUGCUGCGGUCUCGACGCUAACCGCCCGACCCCCGGAAACGAGUACAAGAUUUUCGUCUGCCGUGCCUCUUCUGUCAAUGGCCCCUAUACCGACAAAAGCGGCAAGAGCUGCCUGGCGGGCGGCGGCACUCUUCUUCUUCCUUCCCACAACAAAAUCUAUGCUCCUGGCGGUCAGGGCGUCUUGGUUGACCCCAAGCGUGGCGCGGUCCUCUACUACCACUACAUGAAUACCGACGUCGGCUACGCCGAUUCCCAGACUCUGUUCGGCUGGAACGUCAUCUCCUGGUCCGGCGGCUGGCCUUCUAUCUAA